AUGAAGUUUCCAUCCUUUACCAACACUUGGCACAAAGAUGUCUACGCCGAGAUCGAUGCUGCGCGAUACGAGCUCUCGGCUGAAGGAAAGAGGGUUGUCAUUACAGGUGGAGGUGGGGGUAUUGGAGCAGCUACAGCUGAGGCAUUUGUCGUUGCGGGCGCAGCAGAAGUUAUCAUCCUAGAUCGGACUGAGAAGACAUUACUCGCGACAAAAAAUACCAUCCGAGAUAAGCACAACUAUUCCAAGGUUAUUACCGUUGUGGCCGACAUCUCCGAUCAAGAGAGCACAGCAAAUGCUUUUGACAUGAUGGCUAAAAGAGGGCUGAUCGAUAUAUAUAUCAACAAUGCCGGCUACCUGUCCGACCUAAGUUCACUCGAGAUUUCGAACAACAUCGAAUGGUGGAAGUCGUUCGAGGUGAAUGUCAGAGGCUCGCUUUUCGCCAUUCAAUCAGUGUUGAAGAACAUAUCCAAGAAUGGAGUCAUGAUAAAUGUGACGACGGGAGCUGCCCAUGUUCCAUAUGUUCCUGGAUAUUCAGCGUAUGCCGUGAGCAAGCUCGGCUCUGCCAAGCUGUUUGAAUAUCUUCAAGCCGAAAAUCCAGAUCUAAGGAUUUUCAAUCUCCAACCGGGCGUCAUUGAAAGCACCGCCAUCUCGACCAAGGCGACAGAGCAAAGCGGGUUCUCCUUUCCCGACCAAGAUACAGUGCAACUUCCGUCGAACUUCAUGGUAUGGCUGUCUUCACCCGAGGCCGCCUUUUUGAAGGGCAGAUUUGUUUGGGCAAACUGGGAUGUGACGGAGCUCAAACAGAAAGAGAGUGCCUUUCAAGCAGAUCCAACACUGCUCACUCUGGGAUUACUUGGCUGGAUUCAGUGA